AUGGUGCGCUGUAGCUUUGCAGUUAUUUUGAGUAUAUCCUUAUUUUCUAACGCAUUCUGCGUGCCAGCUGUUGGCUUACGAAGAAGGAGGAUCCCCGAAGAUAGCAACAAUUCCAAAGAAUCGUUCAUUAUACCCGUAACCGAAAUUAGUGAGGACAUAGCUCCAAUUAUAUCUUCUACAUCUAGCUCAACGACAGUUUCAUUAAGCCCCAACAACGAUGACGACGAUGACGACGAUGACGAUGACUUUGGAACAUCAAGCCAUGGAACUUCAACUGGUGGCGGUGGCAGCAACUUAUUUAGUUUGCUGAACCUCGCCACGUCUCUCAUGCCAGCGUCCGGGUCAGGAUCCUCGGGUGGCAAUACUAACACCGUAAAAAAUAACAACAUAAUUGUAAAAAAAUUAAUACAAGACUUGGUACGUAUAAAUCGUAACCAAAUUAAGGCUGCACAGAGACGUAAAGACAUCGCAGAUAAUGUUAUAGAUAUAGACUACACAGAUAUAAAAACUCCACCGUUUCAAAAGCUUGAAGAACUUGAUGACUCUGGUGAUGAUGAAAAUGACAGUGACUCUGAAGGUUCUGACGAAGACAAUGGAGGAGAGGAGAGUGUGGAAAAAGCGAGUAAUGAGAAUGGAGGUUCUAAACAAGAUUCUGCUUCUGAUGGUAACAGCGCAGGCGAUAAUAAUGAUGAUGAAGAUGAUGAUGAUAAUGACUCCGAUUAUGAUGAGCCACCUGAAGGAGAUGGUCAGGGAGGUGGAAUACUAGGACUCCUUGCUGGACUAAGUGGCGACGGUGAUUCGGAUUUGGGAACUUUAUUAGCGACUGUGGGUGGAAUUGUCGCCAAUUUGAGUGGCGAUGGUGUUGAUGUAAAUGCUUUAAUAGCAACUGCGUUGGGUCUUUUCGUUGGCUUACUGUCUGAAGGCAAUCAGAAUCCUGGAGAAAUAAUCGGAAGUUAUCUUCUGACGUCACUGGACACUAUCACAGGAGGUGGGGCGCAAAACAAUGGCGCAUUCUUCGGCAAAUUCUUGUCCACAUUAAUAAAGGGGACGAGUGCGGCUGGUGAUCCUGAUGCUUCAGGAUCUUCUGAAAACAAUGGCCCCAAGAUGGCGGACUCAGCUGGUUUCUUUGCAAGCCUACUGAUGGGGCUACUCGGAGAAAUGUCGAAAACCAGCUCUGGAAGUAGUUGGCGAUAG